AUGUGCGAAAAAUCUUUACAAAUCAUUAAUAACCUUUUGAUUGAUAAUGUCUCUACCCCACUCGAUUUCGUGGAGACCUGUGAGCACGUGACAACGAUAUGCAAGCAAACCUUUUCAUGGAGCUUGUGCGAAGAAGUCGUUUCUCCUCAGGUAAUUGUAAACAACAUAACGACCGCCUACAUUCUUGUCUACCAUCUCGUUUCCCACCCAUGCUCAAAUAUCCCCGAUACUAUUCCAGAGCAUGCUCAAAUUAUUGAGGGACAACAAAUAUAUCUUGUAUAUGAAAAUAUGAAGACCAUGAUUGGACAGCAUCUGAUAGAUAAGGUUUUACCAAAGUUUUGCCUUUGCUUGACCUCACGAGAUUCCAUCAUCGAGUUGUAUGUCCAACAGUGGAAAUUUUUUCUAGUAUGCGUCGUAAAUCUAAAGGCGAUAUUUUCUUCCCUCCUUCAGUGUUAUAACUCGAUGGAACACACUGAAAAUAAACUCAAAAAUACCGAGGACACUGCAUUACUGAAAUGGUCUGAUAUUAUUCUCACUGAAGAAGUUCAAGAAUAUCUUUCUCAUGAAUUUUUGGACUUAGCAACCGAGAACAGGUACAAUGUAAACGGUCUGAAGCACCAAAAUCAUUCUUUAGAUUUUGUUGAAUCACCGGAGACUUUACAUUUUUACGAUGCGAAUGAGUUAGCGAGUCCGACAGACGCUGUCAAUUCGGAUCGCCGUAGUAAGGUUUCUUAUGUGAGCGAGGUGAGGGAUGCGUUGGUGAUGUUACCAAACCCAGAAUUCUAUAAGGGAAUUAUUGAGGAUAACUAUAUUUCUGAAAUGUGUCAUUAUUACACAGUUGAAUCUGGACUUAUGGAAAGUCUUGGGAUUUAUGAAUAUUCGAUUAGGACCCUAGGGAUUAUUCAAAGAGAGACCGAACAGGCCAAACGAUAUCUUUUGUCGAAGCAUGUGGCGCUUGAUAAGCUUGUGGAUGUUUUCGUGGACCAGCAUGAACUUUACUUCGAAGAAUCCCCCCUGGAGAGCUGGCUAAGAGAUAGUAAUGAAACCAAACGGAAGGAGAUUCUAUCCGUAUACAAAUUACUUUCCUUGAGUGAGAACGUUGGUGUUCCUUUCAUUCAGUCUCUUUUCACACAAACUGUUACGAAGUUGAUAGCAUCGGAAGUCGAAAGGGUGGCGAUGACAACAGGUGGCGAUACGUACGGUAGGAUUAUUCACACAUUCCUUACAAUCACUAAUCAACUGAAGCACCUCGUUUCGGAUGUUUUUUUCAGUAACGUAGGCAUGAUUGAAGCAAUGGAAAAGGGUAUAAGGCAGAGCAUCCUACAAUGCAGUGAAUCAGUCAAUUUUAAAUCAUUGUCUAAGCGUCUUGUAUCUAUUUCUUCUGAUGCAUUAGUUAGAUCAGAGUGUGAAACAGAUAUCUCUCUAACGAUAGAAGACACUGUCUGCGUGUAUUACUUCUUGCCUGAUUCAGAGCCAUCAGUAAAAGAAAUUUUUCUGAUAGAGUACCAGAAUUAUCUUGCUCGAAGAUUGUUAUUUGAAGCGUAUGAUUUAUCUCGUGAAAAGGCAGUUCUUAAUUUAUUAGCUCAAGUUCAGCAAAACCAAAGUUUAUUUUUCUGCAGAAGUAUGGUCAAGGACAUCGAAACUGAAGCUGCUCGUCUGAAAAGCUAUGCAAAGGGUGGAAUAGCUGUCUCACCAAUUAUUAUUUCUGGGGGGAUGUGGCCAUCUUCACCUAGGAUAGCCGCCAGGUUACCAGAUUCUUUGCAAGGAAUAAUACAAGAGAGCUACCAAGAGGCCAUUAAAAGACAUUUUAGAAGUCAAGUUAAUUUAUCAAUGGGAUUUUCCUCGGCAAUAUUAGUUGUAAAUUUCCCUCACAGGCCACCAUUUCGCUUGCGUGUAUCUUUGCUUCAACUGUGUAUAGCUUUAUCUUUUAACUUAAAGAAUGAGUGGAAGUUGAGUGAUCUAUGUGAACAGAUUGGCUGCUCCGAGGCAGAUUGUAGCUUUGCUUUAGGUCCGUUCAUUAAAAAGACUAUUCUGCAAAGUAUAUAUCCCUUAGAGACCAUUUCUGUCAUACGAGUUGGAACUUUUAAAAAAGUUGGCUUCUCAAAAUAUUUUAAUUUAAUACCUGACACUUUCCGCGAACCACUUAUUUUGCUUUCUAAUUGCAAUAUGAAUACUACUACACACACUAAGUUGCAGCUUGGCUCGCACGCCAUUGAGAGCCGUAUUGUUCAGUUACUAAAAAACAAAGGGCCGCAGCCUUUUGAUCAGCUUCUUCAAGAUUUGAAUACUAUUUUCCACCCAUCACAGGUGAGCGUAUUUGAAUUCAAAAAAAGAUUAGAGAAUAUACUUGCUCGCGGCUUCAUUGAGCGUGACCAAGACAAAUGUUUCAAACUUAUUCCUUGA